UUCACUUUUCAUGUUUCCGCCUAGGGGAAAAGUUACAUGAUCGACCUCCUGGUACGAAAGCCAGAAUAAAUAGAGAAGAUGAUUGCCAUAUUGCCCGUGCGCGCGCGCAAUGACACACGCAUCCAGCUAUAUCUCUUCCCCUCUCUCGUCACCUUGCCAUGCUGCCAAGCUCUCGUUUUCAUCGUUGCGUGCGGAGUUUCAUUGAUUCCUGGCAAUGUAUUCAUGUGUGUAUUUUGUGUGUAAUCCCGAGUGACCUUUGAUAACUCUGGCUUGCAUAGUUUCAUAGUUUUUCUGGAUUUUCAUGUAUAUAAAAUUGUUGAUGUGAACCUAAUAUAAUACGUGAAACUAAUUAUAAGAAGCGUGCUGUAAGGAAAGGAUAAGUUGUUACACUUUGCUAAAUAGACAUCGACGAUGGAUGAUACUUUAGAACUCGAUUAUGCCGAAAUGCUUCAUCAUAUAAGCAUAGUCGCAUCAGACGAUAGCCUGUGUUCCGAAAAGAUAGAUGGUGUACCGAUACGGAAAUUAUUCGUCGGCAAUUUGGCCGAAAGGACAACUUUCAAGGACUUGCGUAAUUAUUUUUCCACAUAUGGAAAUGUCGAAAGCUGCUAUUUACGUAGAAAUCAAGGGAGAAGUAACUACGCCUUCGUCACAUUUACUAAUGUGACGGAUGCGAUAACAGCGGUGGAAGAUGGGAAAAAACAAAUAAGAUUACACAACCGAGAUUUACGAGUAAUGGCUGCAGAUUCUUGGCAUCAACCAGAUAGUAUAGAGAAUAAAUUCUAUAAUGUGGGAAAAGAAUCAAACAAAGCUUCAGAAAAAAAAAUGCCAGUGAACAAUAUGCUCAUAAAUAUCUGCAAAAUGAUAGAAACUAUAUCCAUCCAUAUGUUGAAUGAUGAUUGUCUGAGACAUAUAUUUCUAUUUUUGCCAAUUGUAGAUAGAGUCCGCAUAGAGAUAGUUUGCAAACGUUGGAGAGAUUUAAGCCAAGAUUCUUGGCAUAUGAUAAAAACGUUGGAUCUCUCACCCUCUACAUGGGGUUUUUCAUACACUUGUAUGAUUCACACAGCUUUACUUCGUAAAAUAUUGCUGAAAUGUGGCAGAUUCUUAACGCGAAUAAAUCUAUCUUAUCCUCAUUACUUGAGCCAAAGCACAUUGACCAUUGUCGGGAAACUCUGUCCUAAUCUUACGAGUAUCGAUGUAACUGCAUUGACAGUUUGCGCGUCAGGUAUACGUACAUUAACAGCUAAUUGUAAAAACAUAACCAAGUUAAACUUAGGACCAUCCACAUUCUGUUGCGAUCACGAAUUAAAGUAUCUUUUCAAGAUAAAUAAGAAUUUAGAAUAUCUUGCGAUAAGUAGAAAUAGUAUUGUAGGCAAAUGUUUAUUAUACUUGCCAAAGCAAACCAUGCAUACGAUUAUACUAGAUCGCUGCGACUAUCUUCAAGACGGUCAUCUUUCAAUGGCACUAACGAGGCUUGAAGAUUUAAAACAUCUUACAAUAAGCGAUUGUGUUGGCGUAGCUAAACAUACACUGGAAGUUGUCGGUUAUUAUUGCAAAAAUCUAAGAGUAUUGGAACUCGUCGGAGGCUUUCCCUCUGCACAAGCGGCAGAUAUGUUCCAUUUAAUUCACCUCAUUAAUUUGCAAACUUUGAGAGUCACACGCAAUCCUAAAGUAUCGAACAAUUUUCUUGCCGAUUUGGUACAACAUUGUCAACAGCUUACCAAUGUAGAUAUUACAGAUUGCUGCAAUGUAAGCGAUGUCGGAUUAGCGGCUAUCGCUACGUUAACAAGACUAGAAAAAUUAAUCAUCAGUUAUGUACCUCAAAUUAGUGACGAUGGCUUGACAACUGUAUGCGGUUUAAAAGAAUUGGAAUGCCGAAGAUGUCCGUUCAGUGAUCGGGGUAUGUCAACAUUCAUCAAGUCCUCACCACAAUUACAAUUGUUGGAUCUCUCCGGAUGUAGGUACAUCAGGGACACCACUCUCGAGGUUGCUAAAGAUGUUUGCAGCAGUCGAACCAAUAACUUGAUGUUAAAGAUGAUUGUUGGAGGAACAGCAAUUCUGACUAACAAAGAAAUAGGCCAAGAGAGACUGCCUCCGCUGUUGCAUAUAGUUAACGUUGAUUUGUCCAUUUUUUUGUCUAUGAUGGAAGUUCACUCUCUGAAUAUUGCUCAGAUUAAUUAUACUCCUGAGGCUUUUUACCCGUAUUCAUUCACGAGAGUAUUACGAGAGAUUGACGAUCCUGAGCUUUAUUACCUCAACGACUCAGAUUAGAUCUACGCCAUCUACGCCAGUUCCCUAUGGUUCUAAAUGAGAUUUUGUACGAUUAAUGUUUACGGUUCCUGAGAUUUCGUAUGUGUGUGGUUACAUAAUGACUGAUUUUGAUAUUUAUCUUAGUGAAUAUAAUAUUACGAUAUCGCGUGCAAUACGUACGUAUUAUAUAUAAAUAAAGUUACUGUUACAAUCAUAAUAAAGUGCAAUAAAAUAAAGUUAAAAAAA